AUGGCUGAUGUUUCGACUCCACCGGACGAUUUUGAAAUGAUAGACGCAAAUGAGAUCCAAAAAUAUUUUGAACAGAAUGGUGUGAACGGUAUUUCAGGGUUCUUGAAGGAGAAGUUGGAUACUUGGAAGAAAACAGAGGUUCAUCUUGGAAUCACUGGCGCCUCAGGAACUGGCAAAUCGAGUUUUGCCAACGCGAUAAGAGGGCUUGCUGAUGAUGCUGUUGGUGCUGCCAAAGUUGGCGUUUUUGAGACUACUUUAGAGCCCACAUCCUUCGAUCAUCCAAAAAAUCCAAACAUAAAGAUUUGGGAUUUGCCAGGGAUUGGAACAAAAACAUUUCCUGACCUGGAAACGUACUGCAAGAAAGUACAGUUCGACAAGUAUCAUACAUUCCUUAUUUUUUCAUGCACCCGAUUUACCAAGCACGACGCCAUGUUGGCCCAAGAGAUCAGGAAACAGGGGAAGUCUUUUUUUUUCAUUCGCACCAAAAUCGAUGUGGAUUAUCUGGCUGAGAAGCGAAAGAAAUCUUUCAAUGAGGCUAGCAUGCUGCGCGACAUCCGCACCGACUGCUUGAAGUACCUUAAUGACGAAGGUUACAACCCCAUCAGCGGUGAAGACAACAUCUUCCUGAUAAGCAACCAUCAUCCAAGAAAGUGGGAUUUCGAUCGACUUACGCGAGCGAUUCUUGAUGCACUGCCAAGAUAUCAGCGAGAGAGCCUCACCUUGUCUCUCAAUGCCCUAACCAGCUUAUCAAGAGAAAUUAUAAAGAGAAAAGUUGACAUUUUCAAAAGGCGCAUGUGGCUCGUUGCAGGAGCAUCUGCUGCAGCUGCACUUGCUCCAAUUCCUGGGCUAUCUUUUGGUGUUGAUGCCGCGCUGAUAUUCAACGAAAUUACGGAGUACCUAGCCCAGAUAGGUAUUCCUAAAGAAGGGUCGGAAAUAUUUGAUAUUCUCGGUGAUACCACUAAACAACAGGUCAUCUCUCUUUAUCUCAAUUAUGCCAGUGCCACCGGAAUUUCCGCGCUUUUUGCCAGGGAAGCUAGAGCGGAAAUAGCUACGGAAGAAUUUGUUCGUUUUAUUCCGUUCAUAGGGUCAGCAAUAGCUGGCACUUUGUCCUUCGCUGGCACAUUUGCCGUACUUCGUAUAGCUUUGAAUAAAAUUGAAGCAGUAGCAUUAGCUGUCCUGGAGGACGCUGCCCAACGAUCAGUUGACGAUUUAGAUCUUGAUUAA